ACCUCCCAACACACAAUGCCACUCCCAGACUCAACGCCAGUCGCCAACCCACUGGGAGGCCAACAAAACCUUGCUCGACCCAAAACCAGUUCCAGCGCUGCUACUUUGACUCUCAAGAACCUCAUUCUCAGUAACGCGCUCACAGACACACAAUCACUAUCCCUCCUCUACACCCGACGUGCUCACUUCGAACGAUACUUGUGCCCCCACCUAACCGAGUCCCAACGGGAACAAGGUCUUCGCAUAUUCGAUGACGCAAUAGAAUACGGGGUUCCCGAAGCGAAGAACGAGGGGAAAGGGCUUGUUGGUGUUGUGAGGAAGGUGUUUGCGGACCUUGGGCAGGUGUUUUGGGAUGUUCGAAUCAAUUGGGAAGGCAGUGAGCGAGAGGAAUCUUUUGAAGAGGAGGAUGCAGAGAUAGAGGCGAUGAGACACGUGUAUGACAUCUGGAAGAACGUGCAGAAGAAUCUAGGAAGGAUUGAUCCAGUGCAGCGCAGUUACGUUCUCAUGACCCUGGCUCCAGAACUCCGGGUUCAGGUUAUUUCCUCUUACGCUACGAAGCCUACCGGUCAGCCGCUACAACAAUCGCAAGCUCAGACAAACAAAAAGUCUCUGAUUGUAUCUCUCCCGCUCCGCGUCCCGGAGUCCUACUUUAUGUCUCCAGCAUUCCGGGAUAUUCGCGAGUCAUUCUACCAUGUGUAUCACACGGUCAUCAAAGACCCCGGGCAUCCUAUGCACACCUUAUCCUACGAUUUCAUCAACAAAGAAGACGAAGACGGUUACAAUUUUGGACAAGGAUCAACGCAACACACCCCAAGCCGUACACAGAAGCAAAAGGGCAAGGGAAAGGAGCUUAAAAAGAGCAGCCCGAAGGCGAACACAAAGAACACCCAGAAGACAACUUCAUCAAUCAGCAGCAAGAAAGCAAAAGAGGCAGCGACCUCCUCUCGCUAUGGCAAAGUCGCGGAAAAGAGCCCCGAGAAGACAACAACGGACACGACACCUGAGAGUAUGACGUCUUCUCCAUCUUCAUCCCCAUUCAAGAAGCGCAAACUUAUAGGCUCCUCACCACGUCCGCCCCGCACAUCCCAGAUACCAGCAGCAGAAGUCAGCGCAGACGUAGAGAUGUCAAUUUCGAGCAAGAAUGACGAUGGCGACGACGACGAUGAUGAUGCGUGGGCGACUGCUUCGGAGUGCGAUUCGGACACAUAA